ACAUUUCCUGAAUGAAAAGCUAUCGUAACUUCCUGCAUUGCUUCUUCCUUUGUCUCUUCACUUGCUUGGGUUUCAGUACGCAGUCUGGUUAUUUAUUUAUUUCUUUCCGAUUUCUUUUUAUUGUAUGAGGAUAUUUUUGUAUAUCCAUUUUUCUACGGCUAUUGAAUGACAUUCGAGCCUGAUACAUAUAUGCCUAAAAGUAAAGCACCAAAAAUGGAUGACCUGGACUACACAGUCCCGGUGGACCUGAGCCCGGAGGAGCGCUCCGAGCUGGAGGACAUCCGGAGGCGGAAGGGGGCCCUGCUGCUGGAGAUCCAGAGGCUCAGAGAGGAGCUGAGGGAGGCCAUCAUUGAGGUGGAGGGCCUGGAGAGCAGCACAGAGGGCAGUAAAACACUACAGAAAAACAGGCACGUUGCCAUGGGACGGAAGAAGUUCAACAUGGACCCCAAAAAGGGCAUCGUGUUCUUGGUGGAGAAUGAACUGCUUCGACACACUCCCGAGGACAUCGCCCAGUUCCUGUACAAAGGGGAGGGGCUCAACAAGACCGCCAUCGGAGACUACCUGGGGGAGAGGGACGACUUUAAUAUCAAAGUUCUGCAGGCGUUCGUUGAUCUGCACGAAUUCACCGAUCUCAACUUGGUACAGGCCCUUAGGCAGUUCCUGUGGAGUUUCCGUCUGCCAGGUGAGGCCCAGAAGAUUGACAGGAUGAUGGAGGCCUUUGCGCAAAGAUACUGUCACUGUAACCCCGGAGUCUUCCAAAGCACAGACACCUGCUAUGUGCUCUCGUUCGCCAUCAUCAUGCUCAACACCAGCCUUCACAACCCCAACGUGAGGGACAAGCCGGGUGUGGACCGCUUCAUCUCCAUGAACAGAGGGAUCAACGAUGGAGGAGAUCUCCCUGAAGAGCUGCUGCGAAAUCUUUACGAGAGCAUCAAGAACGAGCCCUUCAAAAUCCCAGAGGACGAUGGAAAUGACCUCACGCAUACCUUCUUCAACCCGGACCGAGAGGGCUGGCUCCUUAAGCUGGGAGGACGGGUUAAAACUUGGAAGCGGCGGUGGUUUAUCUUGACGGAUAACUGCCUGUAUUAUUUUGAGUACACCACGGACAAGGAGCCCAGGGGCAUCAUUCCUCUAGAGAACCUGAGUAUCCGUGAGGUGGAGGACCCCAGAAAACCUAACUGUUUUGAGCUGUACAUCCCCAACAACCGAGGGCAGCUCAUCAAGGCCUGCAAAACGGAGGCGGACGGGCGGGUGGUGGAGGGGAACCACAUGGUGUACCGAAUCUCCGCCCCCACCCCGGAGGAGAAGGAAGAGUGGAUACACAGCAUCAACUCUGCUGUGAGCGUGGACCCCUUCUAUGAAAUGCUAGCAGCUCGAAAGAAGCGCAUCUCCCUAAAGAAGAAGGAGGAGCAGCCGUGAAUCAUUCCACACCCCUGUCCCACUCCUUAUCAUCCUCUCUCAUUCCAUUAUGGGAUAAAAGACUAUUGCACCAUCUCCCCACCCCACAAAGUCCAUCCCCACCCCCUCCAUCAAGGUAGAUUUUUUUUUACAACCUACAGUACUUUUUAUGCUACCCUGUUAGGCAGAUUGUAUAUUUGAAACCUGGGCACAAUUAUUUAAUCAUUUUCACUCCACUUCAAGUCGGUACACUACAUUGCUACACUACGCGGUACGACUCAGCUCUACUCAGUCCAACUCUGUCGUUUCCCCCUAAUCGUCUUGUUAAUUUUGCACCGCCAUUGUAUUAUAUGAACUGUGAAAAAGAAUAACGUUAGCGGGGUAGCAAAAAGACCAGCCGUCGUCUUAUACCACAACCGUCAUUUACUACUUUACCUUUUGUGCUUGGCAUAAGGUUAGGGUGUCUAUAUCGGCGUUAUUAAAGUUACAAUGCUUUAGUAUUAUAGCUGUUACGGAUGGAAACACUUAGUCAUUGCUUGUUCAGUUUCUUAUAGUUUACACAAAAGAAAUGGUAGGACAUAUACUAUAUCUAGUUAGAUUGCAAGCAAUUUGACAAGUUAUAAAAAGCCUUAAUUGAUCAAAGACGACAUAAAGUGUGCACGUGUCUCUAUGUUAAGACUGAAUUGGAAAAGGGCAGGGGAAUGCAUGUGAGUUCGGUUGGUACGUGCUUGAAAAGGAAUUGGACGAAGAAAAAGAAAGUGCAUUUUGAGUCCAUGAUCAGUGAAACGCUUUGGAACAUAAAUGUGUGACUGAAUUUUUCUUUUGCUUUGAGAGGGGAAUUAUGCAUUCGGAUUAUAGCAUGAUCACGAUGGUGAACGCAGCGACAUUUGCAUGUUUGGCACAUUAUCCUUUGCGGACAGAUUUGUAUGUGAGAACUGGUGAAUUUUUUACGAGAUAAGUAAGAGAGAAGUCAUGCAAAUAAUAUUGGGGAAUCGGACCAGAAUCUGCAUUAUGCCCCAAGACUGAAGCAAUGAUAGCAAUGAUCUACUGUUUCCUAUAUUAGACUCUGAAGUCUGCCUGCAAACAGAAUCUAAUUGAAGUUAAACCCAAGUUCUGUAUUAUAGUGGGUUAGAAGAAGAAAUUGAAAUGGCAGCUUAUUAUGAUUAUGUAUAAUUUUGUCUUUGUAAAUACAUGUUAGUAUUUUUGUUUAUGACUUACAUGGAAAGAUUUAACUUAUUGUUUGUUUUUUUUUUUUUUGUUUUUUUAUAUGAACUUGAUUUGCAUGUUUAAGUGAGAACUCGAGCAUCUUCCAUAGCAAAUAAAACCAGUACAGUUUAGAUGUAUUUUUAGUUGAUGCCGUUUAUGCAAAAGGACUAUUAGCGUUCCGUGUUUCUUGUUAAUUUACAUGCAGGUUACCGGCACACUAAAGCAAUUACCUCAUUUGUGUUUAUUGUUUGAAAUGCUUGAAUGAAUUGAACUCUGCACUUAUUCCCAUCUGUAGUUUUCACAGUUUCAGUCAUAUCCGUCACUUUUUUUUCAAACACUAAUUAGUUGCAUUCCUUGAAUUGUUUGACUUGAGGAAAGCUAGUGCACAGUUUAUACCACAGAAAAUUAAACACUGGAUUGACUUACUUUGAACCAAAACACGGAACACUAGUAUUUCCUUUUAAACACUAAAUUGAAACUGACAGAUAGACACUUAAUGCUGUUGUUAAUACUGUGUAAUGCAUUUCACUCAACCGUGUGUCUCCCUAGGAAAUUUGCACAGUUUCACGUCACCUUUCCCCCGCGAUAGAAGAAACGGAAUAAUAAUAUUCUCAACAAUUACCAACAGCCAUUGCAGGCUUGAGAUGUAUCUGUAGCACCCUCUGGUGUAGAAUGUAUAUAUUACAGCAGAUCCUGACCUGAUCUUUUACUUCAUUGUUUGAGUGAGUUUCUCUGCUCUGUGUUUGCCGGCGACAGACCAUUUAAAAUGACCCGAUACCCGUUUGGCUGUGGUAAAUUCAGGCAGUGCCACAGCUUAUCGCAGAGAUGCAGUUACAUUUUUAUUGAGAGUGUAUUUCGCUGAGCUCCCAGUGUAGGUCAAGCAAGGACAGUAGUUUAUAAUGGAAGAACCGCGCAGCCUUGAUACAGCAUAAUGUUGUUGGGUGUGGCAGAUGAGCACAAGACCUAGGGACAAUCGCAGAUACCGAUGCAGUAUGACUCCUAGUGUUAGGCUUGACUAAGAUGUACAGAUAUACAUGUCAGUUAGAUGGUUGGUGGAAUUCCCAAUCUGGAGAGAAUAAAACAUUUCAAACUUUGAGUUCAUAAUCCCCCAGUCCCCACCCCGUUUCUCUUUUAUUUAUUUUUGUUUUCAGAAUGGCAUUAUGUGUUAAAUGUAGCAAAGCAAAUGACAGCGGUACACUGGUGCCAGUAAACUGUUAUGAAACAAUAAAACUACACUACAAGGAAGGUUUGAACAAUGUUUUUUUCAUGGAAUUUGAUCUGGUUUGUAAAUGAAGGGCAUAAAAUAAAUUCCCUAACUUUGA